CAUAGACUUCCUUUUUAUAAUGGCAAAACUGAAUGGGAAUCAUUUUGGUGUCAAUUCCAGAUCAUUUCAAGAAGCUACGCUUGGGACAACCAGAAGCAAGCAACACAGCUGCUAUUAUGUUUGCAAAAUGAAGCUUUAAACUUUGCUUCAAGGCUCCCACAUGCAGUACAGACAGAUAUUUUUAGUUUGUUUGUUGAGUUGAAGAAGAGGUUCGGUGACAAUAUUUUACCAUCAACACACAGAGCAGCACUUCAAGAUCUUAAUAAGCAGAACAAAGAAAGCCUACAGGAAUUUGCUUAUAGAGUUGUAAACCUGAUAAGUAAAGCUUACCCAGAAAUUAAAGGGACUCAGCUAUUUGAAGAAUUGACUGUUGAACAUUUCCUUUAUGGUCUUAAUGAUGAAAAUAUGACGUAUGAUGUUAUAAGCAAGCAGCCAAAAUCUAUUGAUGAAGCUUUGAAUAUGGUCAUGUGGCAUGAGAGCUGUAGAUCUAGGAGUGGUAAAAACCGCAAAUCAUCAAUACGAGAAGUACAGUUUGAUAGCCAGUGUGAAGAAAACGAUAUCAGAAGGUUACACCAAAAACAAUACGUAACUGAAGAAAGACUUAACCAGUUUGGCAGAGAACUCAAAGAUUCUAUUAUUGAGGGAAUGGCUAAUUUAAAUAAAAAAAUGCCUAGUUUGCCAAGUACUAACAGUAAUAAUUACCAGCAGUCCAAUUACGCAAAGAAAACGGAGAGUAAUAACAAUAAGUGUUAUAAUUGCAAUGGUAUUGGUCAUUAUAGCCGUAAUUGUCCAUCAAAACAAGAUAAAUGGGAUUCAAAGAGAAAUGGCCAUUAUGGAAACAACCAACAAAGAGAUGCAUAUGCACCAGUCAAAACACCUUUCGAUCCUUUAAACUAGAAAGGGCUGUGCCUGUAGGCCAAGCCAUAGCCCCAAAGAGUAAUGAAGAAAUUAUGGAGAAAAGACAACAAUCUAUUUCAAAGAAGGAAAUUGAAUGUUUAAAAGGAAAACUUGUAACCUCAGAGAAAAGCUCUUCUGAGAAACAACUAACUACUGAAGGUUUAGGCCCUUCAAGCAGUGAUGUUAAAAUUAGCAGUAAGAAAUCAGACCAAUGUAGCAAGAAUGAACAUAUUGAAAAACCAGUUUUGUCCAGAGUUGAUGCUGUGAAUCAGUAUAGAGAUGAUAUGAAAAAGAAAACUUGUCCUUUAACUUCCGGAAUUUUACCAGAGAAACACUUUGAAGACAACGAAUCUUCUGAUGAGAGUGUUGAUGGAGAAAAUAAUGUAUGUAUUGACAGAGUUGAAUCAGCAGUUAUUCAAACGUCUGUGAGAAUAAAUGACUAUGAGUUAAAGGCGGUAAUUGACACAGGUGCUGAGGUCACUGUGCUCAGUGAAAAGGUUUAUAGGAACCUUGCAAAAGAACAUCAUCUUGAGUUAAAGACAGCAACACGUGGAUUGUUAGUAGCUGAAGAGGGAAAAAAGAUGUCAGCAACUGGUAUUACAGAGAUAGAAAUGAGUUUGGGACCACUGCGUUUUACUUGGCCAGUAUACGUAGCUCCUUUAAAUGACGAUUUGCUUCUUGGUUGUGAUAUUAUUGAUGAAAUGGACAUCACGUUAAAUACAAAACGUGGAUUUCAAAUAAAAGACAUUUGGUAUCCAUGUGAAGUGAAGAGAAGAGAAAGUAUCAGACUGUUGAAGUACAACAGUGGCCAAAGGGCGGAUGCGCACCAGAAAGGUGGAUCUUUGAAAGAAGAGGGGAACAGUUAUCAAAGAAGUGAUAAAGGCAGAGCCAGAGGUGGUAAUGGACAUUACAACAGAGUUAAUGACAGACAAUUUAAUCAAGAGAAUAACCGAGACAAUUAUAGACAAGAAAACAGACAACAUAAUCAAGAAGAGAGACCACAAAGGAGUGAUUUAGAUAAAACUCUAAACAACCAGAAAUCAAAUGUAAAACACCGGGGUGAAAGACCUAAAGACAAAAACAAUGAUGAUCAUAUGAGAGAUUCUAGUUCAGACAGGCAAGAGAAAUUGAGACCAAAAGACAAAAAUGAUGAGGAUCAUACCAGGGAUCCAAGUAUAGAUAAAAGCUUACCUAAACACUGCCUACAGUAUACUAUUGGUUCUUUUACUGAUGCUGCAUUAAAAGACCAGUCAACUGAAGUACUAAGUACAACAGAUGAAGGUCCCAAAGGAAUUGAUAUAAACCAACAAGGUCUUGAUAACCAAAAUAUGGAAUGGGAUGCGCAACAAGACCAAGGUCAAGUUUUGAACAAUACAAACCCACGUAAACAAGAUGACAGACCUCAACAAUACAACAGAGGAAAAGGUCAACAACGACAAGGAUUUAAUGAAAAAUGGAAGAGCUCUAUGGGUCAAGUGAGAGAUCCGAAGCAUCAUAGGUACAACAAAAGACAGUAUGACUAUCACAAUCAAGACAGAGGUCAACAGCAUCGGAGUAAUGACGAUAGAAGAUAUAUUUAUGGUAGAGGUCAACGAUAUCAAGGUUUUUCUGACAACAUUGUUAGUUACCAGCAAGAUCAUAGAUACAAUAAAAGAGACAGGAGACAGCAAAGAUCAUGGGGAGAAAAGUCAGACAUCCAUCUAUCAAAGGCACUAUCAUUUAUUUUAAGACAUGAUGCAGAAAGACAGGGAUAUAAAAUGAUGCCAGGAGGUUUUCUUUAUGUUGAUGAAAUUCUAAAAAGGCAAAGCAAUCUACGGGAUUAUAAUCAUGAAGAUGUAAAACGAAUUGUGGAAACAAACGGCAAGAAGAGAUUUUAUAUGGAGCCAGAUAAGGAAACUGGAAAAAUGAAAAUCAGAGCAAACCAAGGACAUAGUAUUGACGUAGAGGAUCUUGAAUUAAAACCAGUAUUAAAUGCCAAGGAAGUUUCUAUGGUUGUCCACGGAACCUACUAUAAUUCUUGGGAGAAGAUCAAACACACAGGUUUAAGUAGAAUGGGUAGAAACCAUAUCCAUUUCGCGACAGGAGAACCAGGAGAAAAUGGAGUCAUCAGUGGCAUGAGACAAUCCUGUGAAGUAAUGAUAUUUAUAAAUCUAGAGACAGCUUUAGCAGAUGGGUUCAAGUUUUACCGUUCAGCAAAUAAUGUAAUACUUUGUGCUGGAAAUGAAGAAGGAGUUAUUCCACCUAAAUACUUUGUAAAAGUCCUUGCCAUGAAGAGACAGCCAGAAGAGGAAAUAAUCCAACCAUCGUCACAGAAGAAGAGAAGACUGGAAAAAGAAAAUAGGAAAAUAAAAAGUGUGGUGUUCUUUCCGUACAAGUCACCUGUUGAUAAACUGUAUUAAUAAAUUUGAAAA